UACGCUAACUGGCACCCAGCGAGGCGCGGACUCUGGUGAGCAGGUUGGCUCUGGGCCAGGGGUAGACCCCAGGGAAUUUGGGGUCUAAGAGAAGGGGAGGGUUGGACACACGCAGACCCAGACUUGGUCGGAGGCAGGAUGCAGUCGUCCUUGGGGACCCCACCCCCGACGACUCUGGACACGGACAGUGCGCAGACGCCUAGGGGACCCCUAGCAGAGGAAGGGCCCGAUGCUUGAAGGACGUGGGGUGAGGGGAGCGAGGGACCCGCAGACGCAGUGGCUGACAGACACGGGAGCGGUGGAUCCACGGAGGCCUAGGCAUACCCUCACGCCGUCCCCCGCCGGGCGCAGAGAGGAAUCCGUGGCUGUGCUCCAGCACCGGAGAGAAGAGGCGGAUAGCUGGCCGGUCCACCCUCAUCAUGACCAGCUGCCACCACCAUUCUGGAUACUUGGCAGAUGACGAGGCUGGCCACACCACCUACGUGGCCCGGGUACGUCCACCUAAGAAGCCACCCUUCCCGGAAAUGGGGCAAGCCUACAAGUCGGGCCACAUGCCACACCCACCAUCAAGGUACACCCGCGCAGACAGCUCAGGGCUCCGUGGCCACAGACGAAACCCAAGGGACCCUCGGCCCUUUGGUAGCUUCCUGGAUUUUCUUGUCGAGGGUCAGGUGCUAGACAGCCUACAGACGGUGGUGGAGGAAGCAACUGAGCGCGUGACCGCCAUGAAGACAGAGGCUGGGGUGCCGCUGGUGGAGGUGCAGGACCCAAUAGAGGUGCCAAGGGGUGGGCAGCGGGUUCGUGCCCGGCCUAGCCUUAGUACUGUACACCGACACCGUGCCCGACCCAGCCUCUGCACUGGACGUCCCAACAAUUACCCAUCCUCCUCCAGCUCCAUGUCUGACUCCCAUAGCAGCUUCACAGCUAGCUGGCUGGGCUCCCAUAGCCAGGACAGUGACCUGGGAGCCCGUGGCAUGGGCUCACUGCCACCCAUGAGGGACAAACUUUUGCUGGAGAAGAACCUCAAACGGCUGCUGAAGCUGGAGAACAGAGGGAAAGGCAUGGGUCGGUCCUGCUUCCAGACGGACUCCCUGCUGUGGGACUCGCUGGGCAGCCAGGCCAGCAGCCAGCGGACCCAGGAGCCUCCUCUGUCCUGGUUCUCAGGCCUGCUGGGCUCAAGCACUGGCACAGCCCAAACAUCAGAGCUAGGGCCUGUAGAAGAGGAACUGACUUUCCUCAAGCGAGAGCGUUAUAAGGAGAUCAAGUCCUUGUUGAACCAGCCAGCGUCCUUUGACCUGCCUGGCUACUGUUCAUUCCGUGAGCCCCAUCGGACCCUGGACUUCCUGGCUGAGCACCACCUCUUCCCUGCCUUGCAGAGUGUGGUCCGCCAGGCCGUGGACAAGCUCAGUGGAGCCCGACGUCACGAUGGCUGCCCUCUCUUCCCUUCAGAAUGGGAGUCUGCAACAGAACCCAAUUCUGACUCAGUGCAAGACUCCAAGCCAGAACCCAAUUCUGACUCAGUGCAAGACUCCAAGCCAGCCACACCCACUGAUGGGGAGGAGACUUACGAUAUGCUUCCCAUCAGAGUCUCCAGCUCCAAGAUGAUUCGAAGAAAGAGCACCAAGGGCAGAGGAGAGGCCAAAUCCAAGGAAGGUGGAUCCCCUCUGUCUAGUGCCCAGGUGGCCAACAGAUUAAGGGUUGAGGUGACACCCACAGAAGAACCCAAGGUUCCCUCACCCCAUCCCAGUCAGGAGGCUCCUGACAAGGACCCUAAACUACAGAGACCACCCAUACCUUCUUCUGGGCCCCCAAACUCCAGCCAGAAGGCCAAUCCCUGGCAGAGCCUAUACCACCCUCUGCCUAUCCCAGGGAUUGUGGUGGAAGGGCCCUCUAGUCAGACCCAGUCCACGAUCCAGGACACACCUCCCCUCACCUCCCCCUACCCUGGCUUCUCCCACCACCUUCCUUUGUUUUCACCACUUCCCUCCUCAGUGGUUAGAGGCAUCUCCCCAUCUGCUGUUUCACUGCAUCCAGAGAUGACCUCAAGGGUGGAGCUAGGUGGGUUAGGGAAGGGUUUGUGUGGGAAAGGCUCCUUCAGCUACCACCCUUAGC